GAAUCUCAUCAGCGCUCGGCUCAAACAUCACCAUGACCGUGGACACGGACACGGACGAUUGCGAGGCGACUCAAUCACCACCGACGGGCCUGAUGCGCGAUAUCUUCCGGUCGGUUAAUAGUUUGAUGCCGGUUCCAUUCACGGGAUGCCGGAUCCACAUGCUGGCCAAGGCCGAACGGAUAGGGUGGCCGGUCACGACGGUUUUAAAGCUGAACACGAACGGCCCCAAGCCAAGCGGCCUGUGGGUGUCGGCUUUGUAUGAAAUGGCGCAGUGGCAGGGCCUGAACGCGUCCGUCAUGACCGACCUGCACCCCAAGUCGGGCAAAUGGAACUUCGAGGCUACCAGUCGGUUGGAAACCGGUGCAAACUGGCUGGACGCGUCUCUGACCGGACAGGUGUGCGGAUGGACGCGUCCGGUCAAGUUACAGGUCAACUUGGACUACUGGCUUCCGACCAGGACGCUAUCUUUGUCCAUCGACCCGCUGUUCAAACACUGUGCCUUCCAACUCUUGCAAUCCGUGACGGAUCGGCUGUCACUGGGCGUAAAUUUGGCAUUCAAAAGAGACACCACGUGCGGCUUCAAUGAGUCUCGGUUACGGCCGAAUCUGGUGGCCAAGUAUGCUGGCCCCAAUUACCUGGUCAGCGGUAGAUUGAACACGACAAACUGGGCCACCAAGCUGGCGUACUAUCAUCAUUGCACGGACUGGCUGCAAACGGGCACCAUGGUUGACCUGAGCCCAUCCAGCUCGGUAGUCACUACCCGGUUGGCGUUUCGUAUUCUGUCCGACACGUCCAUGUUUCGGGCGGCCAUCGACACAAACGGCAUCGUCAGUAGCCUGUGGGAGAAGCGGCUGGGCGAUCGUAUGUCCAUGUCACUGAGUGCGUUCCUGAACCACGCGAUACAGGAUAGCUACGGGUUGGGUAUCGGUCUGUCAUUCGAAUGACAUGUAAUGACGUAAUUAUGACAAUG